UCUCCCCCACACUAAGGGCGAUCCCCUCUGUUUCAUGAACAUAGGACGGAUAAUCCUGUUACAAUUGACACAAAAUGCAACAGUGGUAAUAAGCCAUCUCAUAGGAUGUUUUCACUGCAACGGGUUGAAAACAAACAUAAUCUCCGAGGAAUUUUCAGUGAACUAUGGCACAAUAGACUGGAUUAAUAAUUCACAUUUAUCUACUCAACACUAAUAGUUAACCCCGUUUUAUAUCAUGGGUAUGCUGUUAAAUGAAGUUUAUUGUAUUCGUUGUCACUGCUGCAGGUUUAAUUCUUCAGAGAUGCAAUUUGCCUCAGUUCGCAAUACGAAAAAGUAUUAAAGUAGUUUUCUGCAUAGUUUGAUCAUGGACGACACUACUGUUGUUCUCAUUGAAGCCUUGCGAGAGCAAGUUCUACGGAAAGGUUAUGGUGGUAUGAGGGGCCUCGCCCUGGCAUUUAAAAGCCUUGAUAUCGACUUUUCAAAAAGAAUUGUUUUUGAAGAACUGAAAAUAGGAAUAGAGUCGUAUGGCAUACGAAUGUCACACGGCUAUUUACAGCGAUUGUUCCGGGCCCUGGAUAAAGAUAACAGCGGGGGCAUCGAUUUCCUGGAGUUCAUGAAGGCACUGGAGCCGCCAAUGAAAACGAGCAGGAAGGUGGUCAUCAAUGAAGCUUUUGACAAACUGGAUAUCAGCAAGGACGAUGUCCUCAAUAUUGAUGAUCUAAGAGUUGUCUAUGCCGCCAACGCCAGAAACCAUCCGAAGUAUCUAUCCGGUGAAUGGACGGAGGACGAGGUGCUACGAAGUUUCCUAGACAGCAUCGACACACCCGGAAGCCCGGAUGGAAAAGUAACACGUGACGAAUUUAUGAAUUACUACGCAGGUGUUAGUGCAACGAUAGAUGAUGAUUGUUACUUUGAUUUGAUGAUGAGAUCCUGCUACGGUCUUCCUCAGAGGAGCUCGCAAUCAAAAUGAAUCAGACGUGUACUCAAAUAUUUUAAGAACAUGUUUUGUCUUUAAUAUUCACACUGUAGACUGAGAUUUAAACCCCGAAAUCAAAAUUUCUCAAUAAUGGAUAAUUGAUUUUCGUCCAUUUCGAUAUUGGUGUAUUUUUUUAAAGUUAUCAAGCCAUAUAAGUUUUUUUUUUGUCAGAAGUACUGCAGUUUGUAAGUAAAAUUUUGCGUCAAUGUUUCGUUUGCUUCAGAUAUUUUCAACCAAAUGAAUUUCAUACUGAUGUAAAUUAUUUCAUGCUAUGCGAUGUUAGUAAUAAUUAUUUUACUCUUCCAGUAAAGUAAAUUUGCAUACAUAUGUAA